AUGGUUGGCCGCCCACGAAAGUAUCCGAAUCGAGCUGCAGCGCUUGCGGCCCGGCGCCAGCGGUAUUCCCAGCGACGGCAGGCGAAUACGAUCUCCCAGGCGGAGCUAAUCCCGUAUGACGCUACCAGGCAGCCGCUCCAGCAGCCGCUACAGCAGAUUACCUACUUCCAACAUACCUCGCUCCUACCGUUAGAGGCGAAUACAAGUGAGACUACGCCGCUUACCUCGACUGUCCCGGAUACAUUUACCGCGCUUCGGGCCGAGAUCGACCACGAGCGAUUCGGAGUAAGCGACGGGAACCACUUCGAUCUCGACGCGACAGCGGGCGAGUGGAUGGUCGGUACCGACGAGGUUUCAGAGGAAUUGAUCCCCCCCCAGGCCGAGAACACCCCUGCGCCAGGUCCCGAGCAGCCCUAUACGGUACAGUCGACAGAGGGUCAAGUAGUAUCACCUCAGGUCCAGCAACUCGCCUGUAGAAUCGCGCAACAGCUCCUCCGGCACCACGGGUGCCCGGCUAACGGCCAUAUAGAGCCGGAGGCGACCGUGGCGUCGGGACAGCGGAUCAUCAGCCUCCGGGAGGCGACCCAGCAGACUGUCGUACCAAGUGUACUAGAUAACCCGACCUUCCAGCAACAUCCUGCCCCCUGGGCCGAUGAAUUCGCGCCGAUGGUCCGUCGGCAGCUGCUCUGCGGCCUAGGUCCUAAUGCGACAGCGUCCCCAGGUAGCCCGGGGCCACCGCUCUGCGGCCUAGGUCCUAAUGCGACAGCGUCCCUAGGUAGCCCGGGGCCACCGGCGGUAGAUCCAGGCCUCGCGAACGCAGCGGUGCCUCGAACGCUACCAGUGUCGUUUGACAUCGACAGUAGUGGUGGGUGGGCGACGAGCCUCGCCGUCGCGCGACAGGGACUCUAUUGGCUAGCGACCCGACCAGCUACAAGCACCCUCACCAGCUCCCUCCACCUCGACCCGCUCCUCGUCGAGUGGACUGAUACCGAUACCCAGCGGCUACACCACCGGCACGUCCCCGUACACCACGUCCCACACCUCCCACUCGGGCGGCUACGCGGCUUUGAGGCUAUGGAGAUCUUUAUCAUCUUUCCUCGGCUCUACCAGCCAUCCCGGAAGGCCUUCGUAUUAACCAACGAGGAGUACUCGGAGUGGAUGGAUCAUAUCAUGCUCCCAGCUCUAGUCCAGACGCUACCCCAAGAGACCAUCAGCCGGCUACCGGGGAGUGGGGAGGAGGCGAUUAAACGGGGAACAGCAGCCGCAACUGAGGGUACCACAGCCUCGGCUUACCAGCAAGCGCGGAUCCAGCUCCUAACGCACUUUAUCGGCCCUACGGCUCUCGGUGCCGUAUGGACGGCGAUCCAGGAUCGCCUCCCCCCUAUGGCUCACACGGCCAACGAGUACGGCCAGGCGAGGCUGCUCCUCACGUCAAAGAACCUCAAGGGCGAGACGCGGCGGGAUACCUGGUCACAGAUGGUCCAGGGGGUGGGGGAAUAUAUGGCGUGGUGCGGUAGAUGA